GGAGAAUGCAUGAUCGAUAGCGCUUUCCAGGCAAGCAAGAGGCUUUGACUGCUCCCUAACCACUGGUCACGUGGUCAAUUCUUUUGCCGCCGCUCAGUAACUUAAAAGUACCUUCUCAGUAGCAAGCUCAAGUCCCUAAAGUGCUUUUUUUCUUGCUUUCAGGAUCAUGUCUACUCUUCCUAAGGCGAUGCGCACCAUGCGCAUCAUUGCUUUGCCUCUUUCUCGCCCAAAGACUCCACCUGAUCAUGGCCUGAAGCCGCACGCAGUCUUCAACCCCAACCGCAUGCUCAUUUACUACCACUUCGACCUCUCUCAAAGUAACAGUAUCAAUAGGCAAGAUCAGUCUGCUAUCAAGCGAGCGGUGAAAUGGGCGUCCACAAAAGCCGCCGACCUUUGGGCUGGUUUUGGAAAGGCACCCGAAGGCAGUUGGAAGUUGCGAACUUAUGAGCUUGGUGAACGCAUAGUCGACCGCAUAGACUUCGAGGAGUUAGCCCUGAAGGGUGUUGAUCCUUCUUUGGGGCCAUCAAUCAUGCACCCAGAUAUAACCGGACAACAAGCAAACGAGGUAGAAAUUUCGGAAAAGCAAACUCCGAGGGAGGCCUUGCAAAUACCCCUCGUUUAUCCGCCAUCCAUUUACGCAUCGCUACCAUCCACGGGUGUGAAUGAAGUAUCGCAUCCCUCAAUCGUGCACCUCCGCACGCUUCUAACCAGUCGGGAGCCUCGACAUCGCAGAGGAUUUUGGAUGUGGAUGGCAAUUGCUCCACUGACAGCCCCUUUCAUCCUUGUCCCCGUUGUACCCAACCUGCCAUUCUUCUUUUGUGCAUGGAGAUCCUGGUCACAUUACAGAGCAUAUAGAGCUUCGCAGUAUCUAUCUUCACUUUUAGACCAUGGCUUGAUCACACCACAGCCGAGCUUGGCGCUUGACCAAAUCUAUGCUUCUUACGCCCCAUCCUUAUCAAACGUUGAAAAUACGCCCUCGCCAGCGGCGGCCCCUCCCAGAUCCGCGGCAUCACUACCAAAUGCUCCAAAUGCGAUGCCCACGAAAAACGGCCGCCUGCCCAAUGAUGAUGACACAGCUUCUUCAUCACAGUCUAACGCAUCUAAGGUGUCGAAGACUUCACAACGGCUGUUACUUACUCGCAAAGGUAUCCCGCACAUCUUGCAGCUUUUUGGUCUUCCGCAAUCGUCAGCAGCAGACAUGUAUCGCGCGGUAGAACAAGUACGCGGACGUCUCGGAGGAACGUCCGGGCGGUGAUAGUUGCUAAUAAACUACGCGUUUUCCUACUUAACACCGGAGGGCAAGUUCGAUGUGCCAUUACACCACACGGUGAGUUAUGAGACACGUAUGAUUGGCUGCACUAAAGCCGGUCUAGCUUCACCACUGCAUACAUCUCAAAAUAUUCGUGAGAGCGGAUUUGUAAGGGUACGCUUCAUAGCCUUUCGUAGUAGCUUAGAGAGCAUGGAUCAUCAAUAAUAUGAAUAGACCUUCCAGUGGGCUUCAGCCGGCGGUUGACCUUCUCGAUCGUGUUCCAUCUCGAUCUAGAUCUG